AUGGGAAUAGACUUUUGCUCUGCUCCUGCUACCUCAGUUGAUGCAGAAAGAGCAUUCUCUGUUAGAAGGUGUCAACUUAAUUUUAUACAACAUUCCACUUCUUCAAACACUUUCAAAGCUAAAAUGGUUGUUGGUUCUUGGGAUGGAACUCCUUUAUUUCCUACUAUCAAUCAUGCAAUUGAAAUAAUUAGACAAAAGAUGUCUUAA